GACUGGAACAAUGCACGCUCAGGAGGAGUGCUACUGACCCAGCUGUAAGCCCGACUGCUCGCGGCAAGUGGUGGAGCAGAGCUCCUGGGGACGGCUGAGCACUCCCUCCAGCUGUGCCAUUCUGCCUCUCUCCUCCUCCUUCUCCUCCUCCUCCUCCUCCUCUCUCUCCGUUUUCUUCCCCUCUACCUUGCCUCUUACGCUUUCCUCAGACCCCUCGGCUUUGUUGUGCUGCAUGUCUGAUUAGCAAGAGGGGCAUUGGCUGCUCGCCGGCUCCGGCAGCGCUUCCCUGCAGCCUACCCCAACCCACCCACCGCUCUGGCUCAGGAAACGUGAGCGGGGCUGAUGGAGGCGGAGAAGCGGGGCUGAAUUUUCGCACUGGCGCUGGAUGUGACAGCGGACAGCAGAGCGCUUCGCAGCUCACGCACGGUCCGACCACUGUCCCGCACCAGCCGACCAUGGAAGGCUGCCGCUGGGCCGCUGCUGGCACCUUGCUUCUGGCUUCCCUCCUCCUGAGCUCCAGAACAGCUCGCUCGGAGGAAGAUCGAGACUCACUGUGGGAUGCCUGGGGUUCGUGGAGUGAAUGUUCACGCACAUGUGGAGGAGGGGCUUCAUAUUCACUGAGACGUUGCCUGAGCAGCAAGACCUGUGAAGGGCGAAACAUCCGAUACAGGACAUGCAGCAAUGUGGACUGUCCUCCAGAAGCAGGUGAUUUUCGUGCUCAGCAGUGCUCAGCUCAUAACGAUGUCAAGUAUCAGGGACAGUUUUACGAGUGGCUUCCUGUCUCUAACGAUCCUGACAACCCAUGCUCGCUGAAGUGCCAGGCCAGAGGAGCAGCUUUGGUUGUAGAGCUGGCACCAAAGGUUCUGGAUGGGACCCGAUGCUACACUGAAUCCCUGGAUAUGUGCAUCAGCGGCUUGUGCCAAAUUGUUGGCUGUGACCGCCAGCUGGGAAGCACCGUCAAAGAAGAUAACUGUGGGGUCUGCAAUGGUGAUGGGUCCACCUGCCGGCUGGUUCGAGGCCAGUAUAAGUCCCAGCUCUCAGCAAAUAAAAUGGUUGAUACAGUGGUUGCUAUUCCCUAUGGCAGCAGACAUAUUCGCCUCGUGCUGAAAGGACCCGAUCAUUUAUAUUUGGAAACCAAGACUCUCCAAGGUGUAAAGGGUGAAAACAACCUCAGCUCCACGGGUUCCUUCGUUGUGGACAAUUCUAGCAUUGACUUCCAGAAGUUUCCAGACAAGGAGAUACUGAAAAUAGCUGGGCCUCUCACUGCAGACUUCACUGUCAAGAUCGUCUACGCUGGUGCUGCUGACAGUUCGGUCCAGUUUAUCUUCUAUCAGCCUAUCAUUCAUCGAUGGAGAGAAACUGAUUUUUUCCCUUGUUCAGCAUCCUGUGGAGGAGGUUAUCAACUGACUUCUGCUGAAUGUUUUGAUCUGAGGAGCAAUCGGGUAGUAGCAGAUCAAUACUGUCACUAUUACCCUGAAAAUAUCAAGCCAAAGCCAAAACUUCAGGAGUGUAAUCUGGAUCCUUGUCCUGCAAGUGAUGGAUACAAGCAGAUCAUGCCCUAUGACCUCUACCAUCCCCUUCCUCGAUGGGAAAGUACACCCUGGACUGCCUGCUCCUCAUCCUGUGGAGGGGGCAUUCAAAGCCGCAGUGUCUCAUGUGUGGAGGAAGACAUUCAAGGGCAUAUUAGCCCCGUGGAAGAAUGGAAAUGCAUGUAUACUCCAAAGAUGCCUGUUGUCCAACCUUGCAAUAUAUUUGACUGCCCAAAGUGGCUUGCUCAGGAAUGGUCACCGUGCACUGUGACCUGUGGACAAGGGCUCAGAUAUCGUGUGGUCCUUUGCAUUGAUCACAGGGGGAUGCAUACAGGAGGCUGUAGCUCUAAAACAAAGCCACACAUAAAAGAAGAAUGCAUCGUACCCACUCCUUGUUACAAACCCAAAGAGAAACUUCCUGUGGAAGCAAAGUUGCCGUGGUACAAACAAGCUCAAGAGCUGGAAGAAGGAGCAGUGGUGUCUGAAGAACCUUCGUUUAUUCCUGAGGCUUGGUCCUCCUGUAGUGUCACAUGUGGAGUGGGCAGCCAGGUGCGCCUUGUGAAAUGUCAAGUGCUUCUGUCUUUCUCUCAGUCUGUGGCUGACUUGCCCAUUGAUGAAUGUGAAGGUCCCAAACCUGUGUCUCAGAGAGCCUGUUACAGUGGCCCCUGCAGUGGAGAAGCAGCCGAAUAUACACCUGAAGAAACGGAUCUGCUGUAUGGUAGAUUGCAGGAAUUCGAUGAGCUCUAUGACUGGGAAUAUGAGAGCUUCACUGAGUGUUCAGAGUCUUGUGGAGGAGGUGUCCAGGAGGCUGUGGUGACCUGUCUGAACAAGCAAACCAGGGAGACUGCAGAUGAGACACACUGUGUAACAAGCCGCCGUCCUCCACAGCUGCUGAAAGCCUGUAGUCUGGACCCCUGCCCUCCAAGAUGGGAAAUUGGGAAAUGGAACACCUGCAGUCUUACGUGUGGGGUCGGAUUGCAGACACGAGAUGUCUUCUGUUCUCACUUGCUAUCAAGAGAAAGUAAUGAGACCGUGAUCUUAGCAGAUGAAUUGUGCCAUAAACCUAAGCCAUCGCUUGUACAAGCCUGUAAUCGCUUUGACUGCCCACCCUCCUGGUACACUACAGAAUGGCAAGAGUGCUCGCAGACAUGUGGAGGCGGUGUCCAGAAGCGAGACAUACUUUGCAAGCAGCGCCUGGCAGAUGGAAGCUUGUUAGAGCUGCCAGAAACCUUCUGCUCCAUGCCAAAGCUGGUUUCCCAACAAACCUGCAGAAAUGAGGACUGUCCUAAUGAGUGGCUUCUUUCUGACUGGUCACAGUGUUCGGUGAGUUGUGGAGAGGGGACCCAGAGUCGAAAUGCUAUUUGCAGAAAGAUGCUGAAAACUGGGGGUUCCAUCAUCAUCAAUUCCUCCCUGUGCCCACCUCUGCCAUUCUCAUCCUUGCUCAGGCCGUGUGCACUAGCAACCUGUGCAAGGCACACCAGGCCAGCUCAUAAGCAAAGUCCUCAUAUUAUGGCUGUAAAGAAAGUUUACAUCCAGACAAGGAAGCAGAAGAAGCUACACUUUAUUGUGGGUGGGUAUGCCUACCUGCUGCCCAAAACCUCCGUUAUUCUCCGAUGCCCCACAAGGAGGUUCCGGAAGUCACUGAUCUUCUGGGAGAAGGAUAACAAGAGGCUCAUCAGCUCAGCUCACAUCACCAUUGCACCCUAUGGGUACAUGAAAAUCCAUCGUUUGAAACCUUCAGACACUGGGAUAUAUACCUGCAUAGCAGGGCCAGCCCAGGAGCAUUUUGUAAUUAAACUAAUAGGAAGCAACAAAAAUCUCAUUACUGGGCAGCCAGCUGGCAUUAGGGAGGAAGAGGCCAUGAGAAAGGCCAGCCUAAAUGAAGCCUUGCGAACACAGGAGAAACAUAUCAAUGGGAUUCUCUUCAAUGGGAGCAAGACUGAAAAGAGAGGGCAUCUCACUGACCCUAGUGGCUGGUAUGACAGUAUUGUCUCAAAGCUGCUACAGCACAGGGGCUGGCCAGGGGAAAAUCUGGAGUUCUGGGAAGCCCAGGAGUCCACAGAGAGAAAUGUGUCCUCAGAGGAAGACCAGAGCCAGGAGUAUAGCCUGCCAUUUACUAUGGUCACAGAGCAGAAACGGUUGGAUGAUAUCAUAAGAAAUUUGUCUCAGCAACCUGAGGAGCUUAAAGAUAUUUACACUGAGCAGCUUGUUGUACAGCUGGCUCAUGAGAUUUUCAAGAGCCACUUGGAGCAUCAGGAAUCUGUCCUCAAAGCAUCAAGACGAAGAGUUGAUUCAGCUUCCAUGGAAUACCCUUUCCACAGACAUGUUUCUGGAUUUACCAGCUCCCUGAGGACAUCAUCUGCUGAAGCAUUUCUUCCCACCUCUAUGAACCCAACAAAUGGCUUACACAGCCCUCAUCAAAAGCCUGCCAUCCUCCGAAAGAUUUCAGCAGCACAACAGCUUUCUGCUUCAGAGGUUGUCACCCACCUGGGACAGACAGUGGUCCUAGCCAGUGGCACACUGAGUGUGCUGCUUCACUGCGAAGCAGUGGGAAACCCAAAGCCCACCAUCACCUGGGCUAAGAAUGGAGAGGAGGUGAAAUACAAUGAUAGGAUGCUACUUCAGCCUGAUGACUCCUUGCAGAUUCUAGCCCCCGUGGAAGCUGAUGUGGGUUUCUAUGUUUGUAACGCAUCUAAUGCUCUGGGUUCUGACUCUGUGUCCAUUGCUGUCACUCUAGCAGGAAAGCCACUAAUAAAGGCAUCAAGAGCUACUGUGAUCAACACAGAAUUGCCUGCUGUCACUGCUGAUAUUGGAAGCACAGUGAAAACAGUCCAGAGAACUAAUGUUACCAUUAGCUGCCAGGUUGCAGGUGUUCCUGAAGCGGAAGUUACUUGGUUUAAAAAUAAGGUCAAGCUGUCCCCUGCUCACCACCUGCGUGAUGGGUUGUUGCUAAUUGCAAAUGUUUCCCUGUCGGAUCAGGGGUUAUAUUCCUGCAGGGCAGCCAAUCUACGUGGGGAGGUAACUGAAAGCUCCCAGCUGUUGGUUCUUGAGCCUCCACGACCCCUUCCUUACCUAGAAAACUUGACAGCAGUGCUUUCCAGCAUUGGGACCAGCCCUCCUUCAGUGUUGACCUCUCCUUCAGGAACAAAAAUGACUAUCAGUCCAGGGAGCUCUGCUCUAAUAGGUUGCGCUGUGGAUGGCCAUCCAACUCCAAAUAUCACCUGGCUUUACUCUGGAAAGCCUCUCAGUCUGAGGCAUCGCUUCCUAGCAGCAGGACGAAUUCUUCAGAUACUGAACAUCAGUGAUGCUCCUGAAGGAGAAUUCAGCUGCCUUGCUCAGAAUGAGGCUGGUUCGCUCUUACAAAAAACUUCCCUGGCAAUACAAGACUACCAGUGGUCAGUGGACAAGCUGAUGGCUUGUUCUGCUUCCUGUGGCCACAAAGGAGUGCAGCUGCCCCAACUGAGGUGCUUACUGGAUGGGAUUGAAGUCAAUAUAUCCAACUGCAAAGACAGGCCCAAGCCAACCCUGCAGCCCAUCGCAUGCAAUAGGAGGGACUGCCCUUCACGGUGGAUGGUAACAUCAUGGUCUCCAUGUACACGGAGCUGCGGUGGAGGAAUCCAAAUGCGACGAGUGACAUGCCAACGACUGACAGCAAAAGGCAGCUCUGUCCCAAUGUCAAAUGAAGCCUGUGCUCAAGCGUCCAAGCGCCCUGUGGACACACAGCACUGUAACAGGCAACCCUGUGUUGAGUGGGUGGCCUCCUCCUGGGGCCAGUGUAAUGGGCCUUGCAUUGGGCCACGACUUGCUGUACAACACAGACAGAUAUUUUGCCAGACAAAAGAUGGGACUUCUGUGUCAUCUGAUCAGUGCAGUGCCUUACCGAGGCCUUUGAGCACUCAGAACUGCUGGACCGACAUCUGUGGUGUGCACUGGAGGGUCAGCUUGUGGACAGUGUGUACAGCUACCUGCGGAAACUAUGGCUUCCAGUCCCGGCGUGUGGACUGUGUGCACAUCCGUACCAACAAGCCUGUGCUCGAGCACUACUGCUCCUGGAGACCGCGGCCGGUCAACUGGCAGCGCUGCAACAUCACGCCCUGUGAGAACAUGGAGUGCAGAGACACCACAAGGUACUGUGAGAAAGUGAAGCAGCUCAAACUCUGCCAGCUCACCCAGUUCAAAUCACGCUGCUGCGGGACGUGUGGAAAAGCUUGAAGGCGAAUGCGAUGAAAAUGGAGGAACAAGGGGAUCUCAGCUUUUGCUUCACUGAGGCAAAGACUUCUACAGAAAAUAUAAACGGAAUGGAAUUCUUUUUUUUUUUUUUUCCCCAUUUUAUUUAUUUAUUUCCCUUUAAAAAGGAAAAAAAAAAGAAAAACAGAAGAAAAAGAGGAAAAAGAAAACCCUUUACCAAAUCGUUGUUGUAUAGAGACUUGACAAGUUUUCCCUUUUAUAAAUCUGGGAGACAGAAUGCAGCAAAACAUGGUCAUGGAGGGUAGAUCACAAAGAUUCAUUGAAUCCCAUGCCACUGGGCCUGAGAGGAGUGGGACUGCCCCAUAGUCCACGUACACACUUGGGAAUACACCAUCAGACAAAUGGAGAAGGGGAUCAAAAUCAAAAUGUAGCAUUAUAUUCAACCACCAAAUCAAACAAAUCAAACAGUCUGAUACAUGGUGGGGUACUGCAAACAAAACAAAGAAAAAGACUAGACAUUCAUCAAUGCAGUACACAGACUUAGACUUAGACACGUUUGUCUUAGACUAAUUUGGGUAUAUAAGCAUAUGAUACUGCUUUAUAAAUCUAUCAGUUACAUCCAAGAUUGGAUUUCUUUUUUCCUUUCCAUGUCCUUCUCAUCGCAGGCCUUCAAAUGAUCUCAGUGGGAGAUCUUGUUAAUCUUUGAGAAUCAAGUCUGGUGUCUGAGAAAGUUGAGCAAUGUUGUGUAACGUAAGUGAGUCUAGAAGGCAUCUGAAAAUGUUCACAAGUUGCAUUUAUAUGGGAGGGCUGGAGCUAAGAGUGUUGCCUCCAGCAUAAAGGUGAAGUGAUGAUGUCAGCUAUUAUCUAGGAGAAGGAAAGAAAGUAUGAUAAGUAUGAUCUGCUACGGGCAGGCUAUAACACAAACCUGCAAAUGCUGUCCUGUACAGAGCACAGACAGGAAAGAUGUGGAAACGAGAGCUGCUUAGCAUCCUAUUUCCUACUAAUGCUUACUUGGUAGGAGUACCAGUAGCCAGAGUUAAGGUGCUGUCAGAGCUGGCAUUGCAGUAAGAAAUUUGAGGAACUGGGUUUUCCUUUUCUGCUAACAUGAAUAUUUUCUGUCCUGAUGGCCAAUUCUUUCAGUAAAGUAGUAGCAAAUAAUCUAUUUUCUGAUACUGCUGGCUGUUCCUACUCAGUAGGACCAGAAUAGAUUCAGCAUCAGCCCCAGAGGACUAACACUAAGAAAGUUUUAAAAAUUUGCUCCACUAUGGCUGUGUUACGUAACUAAAUGAGUGCUAUAAAGCUGCACAUUUUUAAACCUGGGUACUACACCCUAAAGAGAAUUUCUAAAAAGUGAGCCUCAAACAUCGCAUAUUGCAUGCUGUCUGUGAAUCAUUCUCCCUGGUCAGUUGCAGUGGUUAUUCAUCCAGUGAAUUGCUUCGUCCUCUUAGUUCCUGGACAGUCCCUUCUCUACUCUGAAUAGAGCCUUAAAAUUAGAAGAGAUUUGCAAAGGAGGGAGUUUGAGCAUUGUAAGAAAUUUAAAGGCGAUCUGUCUGGAUCUGAGGUCUUGGUUCAAGACCAUCUCUAAAUUAAAGGCUUGGUUGUGCCUCAUUCCCUGUGGGGCUCAGGCCUUGUGGUGCAUUACUGAAAUGCUGUUCAAGUGCUGCUGUGUUACAGCUUCCAUGAUGUGGCUUUUUCAGAAAAACUAGGAGUCCACUUUUUAGGUCAGUGUCAUGUUCAAGACACUGACCUGUCUCUGGUUGCUUCAGGACACAUAUGUCAGUGGUAGCUCUCACUACAAAUGGGUCUUCAAGAAAUAGUUUUGCUAAGCUUCAGUGUAACUUUUUAUUUAAAAAAAAAAAAAAAAAAAAAAGAAGAAUGUCUUUCUAUGUAUGUAAAUGUAUAUCUUUUCUGUAUAUUUAUUAGGAUUUCUUGUAUAAAAAGUGCAAUAUUAAUAAUUGUACAUUAUUUUGUCCAGAUAAAACUAUUUGUUUGGGUUUUUCUAAAUCUCCCCAGAAUUUUGUUCCUCUCAAAUCAAUGGUAAUAGAGAAAUUCUCACUUGUUUUUAAUUGAGGAUCUGCUUCACUGUGCACAGAGUGCUUUCUAAAAUAUGAUGUGAGGGAAGGAUGAUAUUUUUAACUUGUGAAUUGAUAGUUAUGCAUGGAAUGAAGGACAAUUCCUUAACACUAAUAAUAACAAUAAGAACAAUAAGAAUGUGGUGGAUAUUUCUAAUAUAGUAGUUAACAAAAAGCAGCACAGGGAAGUACUCACAUUUUUUUGAUUGCAAAGCAUAUUGAUAUUCAUGUGGAACAGCAGAUGUGUAACUGUGCCCAGGAUAAACAAGGUGAUUAGAUCUGGAGGAGAAGUCGUGUCAUCUCUGCACAGUGUGACUUUAAUUUCACGUUUGUUCUGUGAAUUGUGACUUGGCAGCAUCUCAAUAAUAUAAGAUUUCUGGAUAGUCUACAAAAGGACACUUUCCUUUUCUAACAAGAAAGCAAACCAGCAAACUUGUAUUUAUAUAAUUUUUGUACAGGUAAUGCAGGUUACUUACUUAACUACUGCUGUCUGAUGUGUUGUUAAUAUUAAGUUUAAAAACAAAAGCCAAACAAGGAGCAUGCUGUCCUUAUUCUGUAUUACAGUGGUAGCAAAAUGCUGUUACAUUAAAUACAUAUGAUCCACCAUCACCCUCUUUCCCCAUGGCAGGAUCUACCCUGUCAUCAUUUCUUUUAAAAGUCUCCAGACAUUAACAUUCUGCACCCAGUCUCAGAGAACUUUCUGAAAUCUUCAUCACCCUUGCUUUACUCUUUUCCACCUCUACAGCUCUUCUAGGCGUAGAUCGCCAUCACUGGUCCUAGGUUCAUGGAAAUCAGUAGAAGUGUAUUCCUUUUUCAUACACAAAACUCUCAAAGACAUCUUGUAACUCUCCUCAGUAAUCUCUGGAGUGAAGCAACACCAAUAUUCAGUCUUUUCUUAUAGGUCUCUGCUGCCUUCAGUAGCAGAGCUUGCAACUCCUUGAAGCAUCAAGAGCAUACUUAGAAGAAAUCCUAGUCAUGACCAAAAUUACUGGGGAGCAUUAGGGAGGGUGGGAAAAGCAAUAAAGCAAAGACAUUUUCUCUUAAAAAAGACAAACACAAGUUUUGAAAACUAAGUUGAUUCUUCUGUCUCCCUUUUAAAACAAACUUUGUAAUGUAUCUUCUAAAAAGGAACUGUGAUUUUGCUUUGAUUUACUGAGAAUUUACCCAGUAUGAUGUUCCUAGUUGUACUUUUGAGACACCUGCACUGCAAGGAAAUAAUACCUCACCCAAGCACACAUGCAAUUGCAGGCUGAAGACCAGCCCUGAGACUUCCAAGUGAUAGUACUGAAUGUAAUGGGAAUUUGUAAUGGUAAUUGGUCAUUCAUUUUGAGUAAAGCAAGUAGAAAAGCUGGUGCUGAUGUAAAAUGAAAAGCAGACCAGCUUAGAUUCUCCAGAGAACAAUUAUUCCCAUUUUAUACAUAUGGCUCUUGUUACCAGUCAAGUCAGAAUGCUUUCAGAACCUUCAAAGCAAGCUUCCAGUUUUGUUCUCCCUACUAAUUUUCACUGAGAAAGAAAAACAGUUGCGCAACAAGCAGAGAAAUGCAGUGCUGAAAGGUUCCCAACAGGAGACUUACCCCAGCCUCCUGUUCUGUGGAAAAGUAAGCACAUCUAAGCUAUUCCGGACAUGUAUGUCUACAUACAUGCCUUUAAAGCCACAGAAGCCAUGGGGAGAGCUUUCUGAAGCAAUCAUUAGCUGGAAUGUUUUCUCCUACUAUCUUCCAUCUUGUAGGGUGGAACCCAUUGGUUGCCCUUCUUUCAGAAUUUUGGUUCUCUAGUCUUCCCCUCCCAUUGCUUUAGCUAGUUUAUCUGCACCCUCUCUCAUUUUUGGUUCUUGUAGUUGGGCACUCACUCCAAUGCAUAAGUAGCACCAACAACUGGAACACGGUCUUGAAUGAUUUGCAUCCACACUUCAGAUCAACACUUCUACUUGCAAUUGCUUCAUUUUUUGGCUUGUUCACUUCGUAGCCCAGUGUUGCUGCUGACAUACCUCAUCUAUUAAUAUUAGCAAGACCUGAACCCUGAUUUUUGCCACUGGAAAUACUAUUAUAUCACCAGUGUGACAUAACUCACAGAGCUCUUCAGUGUGUUCUUUAUUUCAGCUUUUAAGUACUAGAUGUAGGGGAGGAAGUACGGAGGUUUCUGUGAUGUUAACAUUUGAAAUAGCCACUACAACUUGUCAGCUUCUUUUUAGAGACACCAACUUGUUUAGUGAAAUACAGAUUAUUGAAUCAUGAUGUAUUCUAAGAAGGAUGUGUCAACAUAAUUACUAAUUUCUAUCUACUGCUUCCAUCUCACCCUCUUUCCAAGUUAUCCUAUUAAAGACAAAAGUAAUGAUCACCAUAAUAUCUGUUUUGUACCCAAACACUGAUUCAUAAAUAAAUGUGUUUCUGUAUCCAUGUAA